AUGCUUCCAACGCUGUCUCGCCACGGCACCGUGAAGCAUGCCGGCACGCCGUCGGCUCCGCCGCCCCUGUCCAAGCCGCUCCCCUUCCUCCCCGCACAGAAAGUCGCCAAGUGGAAGCACCACCACCACGCGCACCGCCGGCCACCACCACCAGGUCGUCGGACUACCACCGGCCGAGCCGAACCACCGCCGCACGCCCGCGACGGAGAGGAACCACCGCAGCCGCCAGCAGCCCGAAGCCGGACCCCAGCCGCCGCCCACGUCGCCCGCGGCCCGCGCUGCCUGCCGGGCGGAUCCGGCCGCCUCGGCGAGGCGCGCACCACCGCGCAGCCGGCCACGCCGCACCACGCGCCGCCAUGCCGUGGUGCCCCACGCCCGCCCUCGAUGGAGGAACCCGCGUCGCCCCCAUCGCGCGGAGGAGGAAGAGCACAGGCCCCGCCGGCGCCGGCGCCGGUCGGGCUUAGCCCGGCCGCGCCCCCUGGCGGCGGCGAGGGAGGAGGGAGGAGGAGGGGAGACCGGCGGCGGAGGGAUCCGGGCGCCCGCCCCGGCCGCCUCACGGGUGGCGGCGCGGGGGGAACGCUGUGA